GUCCCGCAUGUUCAGGACCAAACGAUCGGUGCUCGUCCGGCGUCUCUGGAGGAGCCGUGCGCCCGGCGGGGAGGACGAGGAGGAAGGCGCAGGAGGAGGCGGAGGCGGAGGAGGAGGAGGGGAGCCGAGGGGGGAAGGGGCGACGGACAGCCGGGCGCAUGGGGCUGGAGGAGGAGGCGCUGGUAGGGGUGGCUGUUGCCUGGGCAAGUCGGUCAAAGGUGCCAAAGGUCACCACCACCACCAUCACCACCACCCCUCCUUGGGCGCCGGCGCUGCCGGGGGCUCGGAGGCGGAAUUGAAGGCGCUAACCCACUCGGUGUUGAAGAAACUGAAGGAGCGGCAGCUGGAGUUGUUGCUGCAGGCGGUGGAGUCCCGCGGGGGCACCCGCACCGCCUGCCUCCUCCUGCCAGGCAGAGUGGACUCCAGGCUGGCGCUGGGGCAGGGGCCCCCCGCGUCCCCUCUCCAGACCCAGCCUACCCAGCCUCAGCCGCUGCCGCCGUCUUCUUACUCGCUCCCCUUGUUGUUGUGCAAAGUGUUCAGGUGGCCAGAUCUCAGGCAUUCCUCGGAAGUCAAGAGGUUGUGUUGCUGUGAAUCUUACGGGAAGAACAACCCGGAGCUGGUCUGCUGCAACCCUCACCACCUUAGUAGGCUCUGCGAACUAGAGUCUCCCCCUCCUCCUUACUCCAGAUACCCAAUGGAUUUUCUCAAACCAACUGCAGAGUGUCCAGAUGCUGUGCCUUCCUCCACUGAAACAGGGGGAACUAAUUAUCUGGCCCCUGGGGGGCUUUCAGAUUCCCAACUUCUUCAGGAGCCUGGGGAUCAGUCACACUGGUGCGUGGUAGCAUAUUGGGAGGAGAAAACAAGAGUGGGUCGGCUCUACUCUGUCCAAGAGCCCUCCUUGGAUAUCUUCUAUGAUCUACCUCAGGGGAAUGGCUUUUGCCUCGGACAGCUCAAUUCGGACAACAAGAGUCAGCUGGUGCAGAAAGUCCGCAGCAAGAUUGGCUGCGGCAUCCAGUUGACUCGAGAAGUAGACGGCGUUUGGGUGUAUAACCGCAGUAGUUACCCCAUCUUUAUCAAGUCGGCCACACUGGAUAACCCCGACUCCAGGACGUUGUUGGUGCACAAGGUGUUUCCGGGUUUUUCCAUCAAGGCUUUUGACUAUGAGAAAGCGUACAGUUUGCAGCGGCCCAACGACCAUGAGUUCAUGCAGCAGCCAUGGACGGGCUUCACCGUGCAGAUCAGCUUUGUGAAAGGCUGGGGCCAGUGUUACACAAGGCAGUUCAUCAGCAGCUGCCCGUGCUGGUUGGAGGUCAUAUUCAACAAUCGAUAACGCAACAGGAACGGAGGGGACUAGAUGAUGUUUAAAACUACUUUGCUGCUAAUAUUUUCCUUCUGAGUGCUUGCUUUUCAUGUAAACUCUUUGGUUGUUUUAUUUUUAAUUGUUGUUUAUGGUUUUCUGUUUGUUUUGUUCUCGAGAAAUAGCUUAUGGAAAGAAUUAUUGGGGGGGGAGGGAAAUAAGAUGGGGAGGGCUACCUGGUAAGUUGAGAAUUCAUAAGUGGAGUAAAAACCAACAACACCAAACAAAAAGGUAUAAAUGACCAACGAGUCACAAGAGAAUAGAGGGGAGUCACUUUCCCUGUCCCAAAUCGCCAUUUCAUAAGUCCAAUCUGUAUGGGUAAGAGAGGGAUGCGGUAAUCUAGAUGGGGAGGGUAUUUCUCUCGAGGAGGAACCUCCAGUGACAAUGUGUAUAGCUCUUUAGCCCUUUGGAAAUGUUUGAGGGGUCGGGAUGUUAGUGCCCUAUUAGGUUCUAUUGGUUGGUCAGGUGUUCCCUUAUAAUAGGGCCACCUCCACGAUAGAGCCCCCUUGACCUGACCCCUCCCCAGGUACUUCUCCCCCUUUUAUAAUUGGCUUGGAAUAGAAGGCCAAGGGCCCACGCACACACAGGUCUCUUGGAAACAAAUAUAGAAGAUUCUGAACAAGAACCGACCCUCGUCAUCCUAACCUUUUCUACCCUCAUUGCUGCCAUAAUUAUUAUUUUUUCUUUUUUUCCUAUUUUUUGGACAUCUUGGUUUUUCUGUGAGUUUGACUUCCCUGAAGUAUUGCUUAUAAAGUGCCCAUUUUCCCAGACCUGCUAUUCCUACCACAGGAAAAAAUUGACUCAGCCUCUCUCCUCCCCAAAACCACACUGUUUAGACCAGUGAGUUGGGGAAGAGAGGGAAAGAGAAGUUCCCUAAGUGGGAAGGAAUGGAAUGGAAACUAACCCCCCACCCCCACUCCUAUUGCACCACCCCUUUCCUUCCCUUCCCUUUCACUACCCUUCAACGGUCCAUCUUAACCCAAAGCCGGUUAUCAAGGUACCACUUGUGUCCCAGAAUACUGUGUUUUCAUUUCUUCUACAACUCAUACACUUGUAUGAUACUUUUACACUGUUCUUAGCUCAAUGAGCAUGUUUAGACCUUAACAUAAGCUAUUUUUCUAACUACAAAGGUUUAAAUGAACAAGAGAAGCAUUCUCAUUGGAACUUUAGCAUUGUAGUGCUUGGUGAGAGAGAAAGGACUCCUGAAAAAAACUGAGAUUUAUUAAAGAAAAAAAUGUAUUUUAUGUUAUAUAUAAAUAUAUUAUUACUUGUAAAUACAAAGACGUUUUAUAAGCAUCAUUAUUUAUGUAUUGUGCAAUGUGUAUAAACAAGAAAAAUAAAGAAAGAUGCACUUUGCUUUAAUAUAAAUGCAAAUAACAAAUGCCAAAUUAAAAAAAGAUAAACACAAGAUUGGUGUUUUUUCUAUGGGUGUUAUCACCUAGCUGAAUGUUUUUCUAAAGGAGUUUAUGUUCCAUUAAACAAUUUUUAAAAUGUA